AUGGUAGAUGCCCUUUCUUCCACUGGCCUGAGUAUCUUGCCUUCCACUGGCUGCAUCUUGUCAUCCGCCAGCAGCAUCUUGUCUUCUUCCUGCAGCAUUGUCACCCACAGCCAGAAUCAUCUUAACCGUCUUCAACCACAUUCUACAAGAUCUCUCUCAAUUGCACUAAAGACUGUUGUAGGCCUUCGCAAACUUCCAAUCUCGCUCAAGACUGUGCUGUUGGCCGUUGUGGCCUCUAACCAGACUCUAUUUGCUCAAUACUCACUUGCUCAAGACUCUAUUUCUUUUCAAUAUCUCUCAAGACCGUCCUACUCUGCCUUCAUGGUAGCAUUUAAAUCUGCCUCCAUUUCUGGAUCCACCACUAUGUCCAUCCCUGUCUUCAAACCAUUCAUGUGCAAUGGUGACCGUUAUCUCACUGCUACUGAUGCAUUCUGUGUGGCUACAUAUGGGCACCGAGUCAUCACCACUACCAACAUGAAAUUCAUUCCCCAAUCCUUCGACAAUGAAUCUGACAUAAUUCAAGCACGAGCAGAUGGCAGAUACUGGGCCAUAGAUCCCUUUCAGUGGCCACAGAUGUACAAUGACUUGUACGCUCGAAGUUUCGCAAUCCCACAUCAGGAAGCCUACAUGGACGACUCGAGCAUGACAUAUGCAUGGUUCAGGCCAGCUUUCACAAGUGACUUUGUGCCCCUUGCACCCGAUAAUCUUGUUGGUCAGCUCAAGACAGACAUCCUUGACCAUCUCAAGUGA